AGAAUGGCACCAGCCAAGAUGGGAAGGAGGCAGGGACUCGACAGCCUCUGGUGAUUCUCUUGGGCUGGGGUGGCUGCACGGACAAGAACCUUGCCAAGUACAGCGCCAUCUACCACAAAAGGGUCAUGGACUCCACCUUCCCAUGUUAACAAGUUUUCAUCUCAUCUGGAUUCUGGUCCAUAUUCAGGUUCUCUAAUUGUCCCCAAAGUGUCCGUUAGGGGCUUGCCCAAACCAGGAUUCAGUCCAUUAUCACCCACUGCAUCUAGCUAUUUUGUUCCUUAUAAGCCUCUUUUAUUUAAAUCUACAACAGUCCCAAUUUUCAUGAUGCUGACUUACUGAAGAGCCUGGGUCUCGGAAUGCAUGAUCCUGGAUGCUGCUGGAAGGAAAGUAUGAUGGGGAUGACAGGAAGCCAUCGGGAUCUGACAGUGGGGAGAAUGCAGGGCUGCAUCGUGAUUCGAUACACAGCGCCCUGGCACAUGAUCUUCUUCUCCGAGUCCCUGGGCAUCCCUUCACUUCGUGUUUUGGCCCAGAAGCUACUUGAGCUACUCUUUGAUUAUGAGGUUGAGAAGGAGCCCCUGCUCUUCCAUGUCUUCAGUAACGCUGGAGCCAUGCUGUACCGAUACGUGCUGGAGCUCCUGCAGACCCAUCAGCGCUUCUGUCACCUGCAUGUGGUAGGCACCAUAUUUGACAGCGGGCCUGGCGACAGUAACCUGGUGGGAGCUCUGCGAGCCCUGGCAGCCAUCCUGGAGCAUCGGCCUGCUGUGCUGCGUCUGCUGCUUCUGGUGGCCUUCGCCCUGGUGGCAGUUCUGUUCCACGUCCUGCUUGCUCCACUCACCGCCCUUUUCCACACCCACUUCUACAAUCGGCUGCUUGAUGCAGCCUCCUGCUGGCCUGAGCUCUACCUCUACUCCAGGGCUGAUGAGGUGGUCUUGGCCAGGGAUGUGGAGCGCAUGGUGGAGGCACGCCUGGCACGCCGGGUCCUGGUGCGUUCUGUGGACUUCGUGUCAUCUGCACAUGUCAGCCACCUCCGUGACUAUCCUACUUACUACACGAGCCUCUGUAUCAACUUCAUGCACAGUUGUGUCCAUUGCUGAGGUCCUUGCCCCACCCACCUCACCUCUGCUCCAGAAAGAAAUGCCUAACCCCUUUCCACAACCUACAUCCGUGGGCGGGGUCCUCCUCUGAUUCAACUCCCUAUGGCCCUUUGGGACUUUGUGGUCCCCCAGUAGAGAGUUCUCAUGGGCCACUGUGCUGGGACUGUGGUGGUCUGCUUAUCCCAGGAUCCUAGGGGGCAGGAGUGCUUGGGCAUGUCUGUGCGGGAGCCUUGAAGCAGUUGGGUUUGGACAAGUGGAACAGCUAGGCUGCUGAUUCCUGUGAUACUAGGCUGCAUGGGGUUAAUAGGCUGGGGGAGGUUGACGAUGAGCCCAGAGUUGAGCUUU